AUGAUUCGUAAAAAGAGGGUUAGCUUCAGAGAUGACCUUGUUGAAAAUAUUCCUACUUCAUUUCGCCCAGGACUAGAGACUAAUCGAGAACUGUUGGCCUUUCACGGAAUCGUAGAGGUAUUUCCUUUUCUUAUUCAACUCAAUUAACGCGAUAAAAUAACUUUUAACCACAAUGUAGGCCUACCCGUUCGUCGUGAACGUUCGAAUAGAAAUGGUUUCUUUUUUGUUGACGUUCUCUGUCUCAGCGAACUUGGGCUUUAUUUACUCUGUAUGUAAUCCUUUGUCGGCGAAUCACGAAUGAGUAGUGAACCGACAAAUUAGCCAGCUAAUUGUAAUUUUCUCUCUUAAGAGCGAGUUACACGCAAAUUGUUAUUAAAGCGGGUUUUUUUAAACCAGAGCCGCCUACAACGCAAGUAUUUCGCCACAACCAAUCACAAAAAACAAACUUUCCAAAGCAUGUAGAUUGUUGAAUUCUUUCGCGAAAAAUUAACUAACUGGUAGAGCGAUCAGCUUAAGGUUAACUGUUGUGUCUUUUUCGUUGUGUUCUUUUGAAAUAACGUUGUUGCGCCAGAAAACCGCCCGAACAGAUGAUCUUUCGCGCGUAAUCUGUUUGCUGGACUGUACGAGAUUCGUCACCCUUGAGCAUUUCAAAAUCACAUUAAUGAAAAUUCUUCGCAAAAUUUGUUUGAUAUUCACUCAGCAUCACGUCGCCUCAGUCCCGUGUCAUGCAAAUAUUACGUUGUAAAAAACCAAGGCGAGAUUAAAGUCGUCAAUAUAACACUUUGUGUCGGUUGAAAGUUUGUUCAAAUUUUUCAGUGGAUGUCAACAAAAUAACAUGAACUUGAAUUAUACUUCCAUUGCAGAUAUAAGACAUAUAAGUCUUAUUUUUACAAGAAACAGAUUUUUUUAAUCGAAAAACUAUGUAAUAGUUUCUUUUCUUUUCAAGUCAUGUCACCUGAGUUAUAAAGCAUGAAUAACUUUAUAUUAAUAUGACGUGGAAAUUUAUUGCACCUUCCAGACAAUACUGAAUGCAUCGUGGAGAUUGUGCGCUCGGCCGUGCCUUACCGGAAAAAAGAGGUUAAAAAUAACUUGAGUUCCACUUUCUGUUUCGAUUUCCAGUUUUGAAUUAAAGCGGAUGUUGUUAUUAAAAUGAAGAUUUGACUGACAAAGUUGGAAAUUAAAAGUGCCAAGGGCUGAAGAAAAUUAAGCUAACGUAAUUAUUUGAUUCAAUAACCAUGAGUCAUUCAAAAAGAAUGUAAACUUUUGUGGUGGGCAUCCGUUUUUCGUGGAGCUUUUUUAGAACUGUUGUAAGCGUGAAAAAAAACAGCACCAAAAAUAAUCCACAUCGUCUUCAAGCGAAAUCUUGCUCGUAUUUCUAAAGUUGUGUGAGUGCAUCUGUAUCUUAUGUAGAGAAAUUGGUCUCAAAUUUUGUUGUUGCGCUGGUGCUAUUUUGAUGGGAGAGUGGGUGGCACGGUUACUAAGCAUGAAAUAUUUUCCGAGAGUGAGUGUUUGGAUCAGUAAUUCAGAGUUUGUAGAUAACGAGAGGCCGUCGAACGGGGACACUAAAUUUUCUGUCUGUUCAGCCUUGAAUUGGAGACUUUCAGUUGCCUAAGGAAAACUUUGAGUUGGCAUCGAUGUCGAGCGGACUAUCUGUGGUAGGUUUAUGAGAUUUGAUAUUGUGCUGCAAGCUUUUGAUAGAUUUUGUUUUCGUCUGGGCACAUCGCAUUUGCAACCAGGAUGUAUUUGAUUUUCAUGGUAUAUUUGUCUUUUAUUCGCCAUUAUUAUGUUUUAACUCCAAAUCCUUGUCGUAUAUUUCGUGUAGGGUGUUCAAUAUAUCGUCUGUUCGAUUGCUUUAGCGCAUAUUUGCCCAAAUACACAGGGAUCAUAUGUGUGUACAUUUCUUUUAUGGAAGAGGCUUUGGUAUCUUUGCCUUGUUUGAAAACUAACAAAUAAAUCAAGAACUCGAUAAGUUUUGUUUUGUUUUACUCUCGUAAGAAGACCAAACAAGAACGCAUGAAAUGAUGCUAUCUGUUCACAACUAAAUCGCUCUUCGCCCCAAAUUCAUUUCAACGAAAAUUGGAUACCGCUUUUCCGGAAUUGCGCACUUAUCUUCGCACUUGUAACCUAGGGAUGGCGCUUGCAGCAAUAAUCUUGUUAAACUACUAGCACCCAAUCUCUUGCUAAAGCAUUCGUUGUCGUAUCUUCUUGAACAAUCUGUAGCUUUAAUUAGUGGUAAGCCAUUCUUCGGCUGGUUUGCCGAAGGCAAUUACAAAGUUAAUAGUUUACGAUACUCAUUUACAACAUCUCAGGAUGUUCGCAAAUUAAUCGACCACAUUGAAGGUAUCUUUUAAGUUUACCCUCACCAACCGGUAGUGUUUUAGAGAACAAUUUCAGCUUUGUUGUACCGCGAUGUUUGUAUGCUUUUUGAGCUUUCUGUUUUCAAAGGAGGCAUUAUCAUAUGUGUGCUAUUUUUUUAAUUUGAAUUGGAAAUAAAACUUAUUGAAUUACAUUGUUCUUUUCGCGACAGGUACCGUGAGAUCGAAAAUUUUAUAAGUUUGUUUACAAUCCGGAUUGACUGCAAUCUGAUCUACAUUUCUUGACUAUCAUGACCUAUAAAGUUAUGCAAGGCUCUUCAGGAAUGAGUCUACGAAAUUAAUAUUCUACAAUAGUCUUUUUUCGUCAUUCAGACGUCACUGACCUCACGAGUUUCUGCAUUUUCAUAGGCUCGAUCUAGACUCUAUGUUUUCUAGAACAACCUGCAUAAUAUAUAUUUGUGUUUUAAAAUUUAAGUUGAUGUCAGAAAUUAUUCAAGUUUCUUGAGCAUAUUCACACUAAAAGUUUAAGAAUGCAAGUAAAACAGUUCCUUUAGUUCCACUGUUGUUUUUUUUUUUACAACCUCAUUACAUGGUAUCUGUUUCUCUUGUUGAAAGCUGGAACUUAUGCAAAUGUUUGAGGUUUUCUGCAGUGGCUGUAAAAGCAAAUCUGAUGUAAUUUGAGGCAGUUUUUAGCCUCACAGGUCACAGUUGAAAGUGGACACAUUCGCUUGCUCAGACAUGUCCUCAUUGAUUGUGCUCAGCCAUUUUGUGUUGUAGACAUAAUAUGGAUUAGCCUGUUUAAUAUUUUAGUCUGUUUCUGGUUAUUGUUCCCUGUAUGUCAUGCCAUUUGAUGCCUUUAAAGACAUUUGAUGAUUUAUUAACUAUCCAUUUCUAAGGAUCCACUGUUUCAUAUCUGUCAAAUUUUAUGUAAUGAAGAAAUCUACAAAGUUCUUUGUUGAGUUAUAUAUGCACACAGGAAUGUUUAAAAAAACUUAUAAGAAGCUUUAAAAGGAUCAUGGGCUGUUAGUGAAUGGUUUUCUGACGCUUCUUGAGUGUUAUUACCUCCUAGGUGCUCAUAUAACUCAACAAUGUAUCACAUGAAUUUUUUAUUUCUCUCUCUUGAGAUGUAAAAUGUCUAGUGCAUGAUCUUAGGCAGUAAAGGCUGAAUGUGCUGCACAACAUUUUGUAUCCAAGUUUGAGAAAGCAUGAUUUCUUCUGUGGCUAGCAGUUCUGCACAUUUUUUUAAUUUAGAGAUUUUGUUUCAAUUUUAUUCUUGGAUUAAAUUUUAGUUUUCUUCAGUAAUUACCAUGGUAGUAGAUAAUAAGAACAUUAAAAAAAGAAACCGCCAAAUUAAACAAUGCAUUGUAUUAUCUGAGCAAAGCAUUAAACCCUUGACUUCUAAAAGUGAUUAAAACAUCUCAUCAUGUGGAUACAUGAUCUAGCAGAAUGGUAACAAGAAAAGGCAGAGCUGAUGAUUUAGUAGUUGAAGAUAUCUUGAACCAGUGGACAAAAUAUCAAACUCUCUGGACUUUUUUACAAGAAAUCACAUGUUUUCUAUUGUAUGUAUUUGUUUUUAAAAUGCAUUCGGUAUAUUUUAUCUUGAUGGCAUAAGGCUGGUUAGUCAUGUAAAACGUGUUGUUUGUUAUGGCAUUCUUAACACUUGCAUUUGUUCUUAAUUAAGUUACCGAGAAUUAAGCUUUUUUAUCAGCUCAUUUUUUUGACUUGAUAAUGACAGUGGUGCGUUGCAAUGUUGGUUUCAAAAAUAUUUCAUGGCAGUAUUUUAAGGCCAAAUGUGUGAAGAAUUUUCUUCAUAAUAAUUCUACUGCAUGAGGACAAGAACAAAUGGUACUUAAGGGUUGAAAAGUUGGAAGUGGGAAAUAUAAGUCUCUUGAUUCAUUAUUAUUGUCUUUUUUUAAGGGAUCCUUAGUUUGGUUUGAUGGCAAUGUGGGGUAUCUGCUGCCAGGGAAGUUGUUGUCAUUUGUUGGGCAGGAUGUCAAAGUGCAACACCAAGAAGAUGGGCAGGUAUUUUUUACUUAAAGCAAAUGUUUAAAUCUUGUGGCAGUUUGGUAGUUUUAUUUAAAAUGUUGAUGGAAGAUAAAGAGUGUGCGGUUUGUACUCUAGCUGAGAGUCAUAGAUCAGCAGCUCUAAUAAGACCUUACCAAAAACAUUUGAAACCCUUUUAGGUGCCAACAUUUUUGAUGCAGAAAUUUUUUUGAGUCUUUUUUUCCAGAAGCAUGAUAAUCCUCAUUAGUGCUCUCCAACCGUGCUGAAAGCACAAUUUUCAGUUACAAUGUUAUUUUUCUUAGUAGAGGUUUGUUCAUGGUGUGCACUGUAUGUUUGUUUAUACUUAGAGAUUAUUUUAGAAAAGUAGGUAAGUGUAAAAAAAAGAGGUGAACUAGUUUUUUGUACAUGCAGCUAUCCUAUCCUGCUGAAAAAGAGAAGCAAUACUAUUAUCCAUCCAGCUGUGUUACAGAAACCAGAAUAACUUCUGGCUAUUUCCAAUAAGCUGAUGAGACCCUCAGGUUUAGUUCAAAACUUUUAAUUUUUUUUCUUUUAAAUAAAAGGUUCACACAGUCCGUGGAAAUGCUGUCAUUCCAAGACAGGAGUUGGAUAUACAUGGGAUGGAUGACAUGAUAAAAAUGGAGUGAGUAAAUGUGUAUCUUCUUGAACAGAUUUGAAACCUUGAGAGAGUGUUUGUGUCUCUAACUGGUGUGAAGCAAAGACGGGGUGGGUUUCAGAGUCUCAGGGCUCAACCUAGCUCAGGUUUUCUGGUUUUAUGUGGCUGUCAUUAUGCCUAUAAUUUUGUUAUGAGCUGGUGAUUCUCCAAAUGAACCCGACACAAGUCCUUAUCAACUGAUUAAAUUGAAAUGCAAUUUCAAUUUUUACAAUCACCACAGUGACUUGCAUGUUGGAUCAAUUUUGUACAACAUUCGUAAAAGAUACAGACAGGACCAGAUUUAUGUAAGUUUUAUUCCAAACUUAAUUUUUAUGGUUAUUUUUCAUAUAUUUCAGUGAUAAAAUUCCAAUAUCACAGCUUCUGUAGCAUUGUUUUGAAAACUUUCUGGUACAGUUUCUGAUAAAAUUGUAUGUGAAAUUUUCGCACUUAGAAAUUAUUUUUGUGAUUAUACAGAAGUUACUCUGAACUGAUUGUAUUAUUAUAUUUAAGCCCUUUGAAAUAAUAUUUUUUUUGCUCAUUGUAGACAUAUAUUGGCAGUAUAUUAGUGGCAGUAAAUCCUUACAUGCCAUAUGAUGUCUAUGGCCCUGAGACACUACGGAAAUACCAUGGUGCAUCAUUAAGUGCUCUUCCACCGUAAGUAAAAUAACACACAUUGUGAACAUUUUCAUGAAAAAUAAAACACUUAGUGCCUUUCAUUUUGAAAUACAUGGUAUGAUUUUUUUCGCUUGUUACAGACCUUUAUGGUGUAGGCUACACAUAGAAGUCUAUUGAUUUACAUAUCCAAAAAUGUUGAUUCCAGAAUACUUUACCAUGUACUGUUUUUAGAACACAGACUGAGGCUUCUCAGUAUAUAGUGUACUGAUCACAUCAGAAAGUUUUCACUGCUCUUUAACCCUUUAAAUCCUAAAAGUGACCAGCAUCUAUUUUCUCCGUACUGUAACAUUGCGGAAUCAUUCAUUGAGAUCAUGAGAAUAAAGGAAAUGAUCGCCAACCUAACAAGUUUUCUUGAUUAUUUAACAAGUUCUCUUUGUCAGUACCAAAGGAAUUUGUAUAGAGGAGAGUGUAGGGAGUUUGGAUAUUGAUAUUGGGGUGUUCAGGGUGUAAAGGCUAAGUUUGACACUACAAUAGCAGUGCUCCACGCUGGAACAACAUUAGUUGCCAGGGAGAGUAGAACAAGUUGUAGCAACAAAAAUUAAAUUUUCAGUGCUAGUUACCAAAUAGGUAACCAUUUUCUGGUUUUCUAUUGCCAAUUGGUAACUUAAAAGUAUGUGAGCUUGCAGCACUGAACUGUAAGGAUACUUGAUUUGCUUUAAGCGUAAUGUGAGUCUCAAGUUUUACAUUUUUAAGCAAUAAUGCAAUUGUACUUUUCAGACACAUUUAUGCAAUUGGCAAUGCAGCACAUGAGACCAUGUUACGGACUGAACACAAACAAGCUGUUGUCAUCAGUGGAGAGAGUGGUGCUGGAAAAACUGAAUCCACUAGGUUACUUGUUGAGUUUUUGGCAGCUAUCAAUCGAACAAAUGGCAAUGUAGUAACAAAACAGGUACAUAUAAAAAAAAACCAAUGAAAAUAAAAAUGUUUGAUAAAUGUUGAAUUUUAGGAAAUGAUUUUGUGUAUAAUUUUUGGAUCUACAGUAAAUUUCCAGUAGGUUGGAAGCUCUGAUUUUACAGUGAAAAUGUCAGAUAACCCAUCUCAAUUCCUAUAACUAAUUAAUUCAUCAGGUUAACUUCUUAUUCCAUUAGAGUAUUGAUCUUUUAAUGCUUUCAAUGAAAAGAGUAAACUUUAAUUGUGUUUGUGAUGUUAUGAGUUAUUGAUACUUGAUCAUAUGAAAUAUUUAUAUGUAAUUAAAAAGUCCCAAGUUUCAAACCAAAUAGAAUUGAAUUAUUGGAUUGUUCUUGUUUUGUUUUGUUUUGUUUUUUUUUUUUAGAUUGUAGAAGCAACUCCUCUACUCGAAUCAUUUGGAAAUGCCAAGACAGUGGUGAAUGACAAUUCUAGUAGAUUUGGAAAAUACUUGGAGAUUUUUUAUAAUAGGUGUGUGUAUUUUAUGGUUGCAAUUAUAUAUAAAUUUUUUUUUUUUUUUCAUUUGAAGAAUUAAUUUCUUUUCAAAUCAUCAAAAGAAAUUUGGUUUUUGCUAUAAGGUCCAUAUUCUUUGACUGUUAUUCUAAAGCCAUAAUUGUGUUCCUGCAAGUUGUAGAAUGUUAGAUAAGGUUAUGCAGUUAUAUGAGUUAGUUUUAUUUGUUUUAAUAGUGAGGGUAAAAUUGCUGGUGGACGAGUGUCUGAAUAUUUGCUUGAAAGAUCCAGGAUUGUUGGACAGGUAUUAGUGUACAGAAAUAUUUCACUUUGUCUCUAUCUUUUUGAGUUUUGCAGAGCUUCUUUUGUGAAAACUGUUUGCAAGUGAGCAUUUGUUCAGUUGCUUUUUUCUGUUGCUUUUAUAGGCCAUUGGAGAGAGGAAUUACCACAUAUUUUAUGAGGCCCUUUGUGGAUUAUCUGAGCAGCAGAAGCAGAAAUUGAGUCUUACAAGUGCUGUAGACUUCUUUUACCUUAACCAGGUACAAUGAACUAUGAAGCAUUUGUAACUUAUGUUCUACUGGAGUGAGUUUACUCCUAGACUAUGCACAAUUCAAGUGAUAAUUUUAUUAUGGGCUCUUUUCUUUUGCUGAUAUGAUCAAUAUGUAAGUGAGUUGAAUUGGAUGCAAUACAACAGAAUGUCUUAACCUUGUAACAUCAACUUUUCUAGGGUAAUGCAAGUGUCAUACCAGACAGAAGAGAAGAAUCCCACUUUCAAAAUGUCGUCAGAGCCAUGGAUAUCCUUGGAAUAUCUGUAAGUUUCAUAUUCAACAGCAUAAAAAAAAGAAAAAACUGAUGUUCUACUGUGAAAAAAUUAUUUUCAUUAACAAAUUGAAAGUAGUUGGUUCAGAUACAUGCAGAUACAUACAUAAAUUUUUUCAUUUUUUUUUUCCCUAGGAAAAUGAGAAAGAGGGGAUAUUUGAAGUUCUGGCAAUCAUUUUACACUUAGGAAAUGUGGACUUUGGAAAGACAGAGGUACUAUUUCCACUGAAUUGAUGGGUUUGACCAUUUCUGAACAGGAGUGAAUUAUUAUCAAAUACAAUGGCUGCAAUUCCUUAUAUGUUUUGUCAGGCUGGUGGCCAGGAAGCAGCAGUUAUUAUGAGUCAAAGUGAAGUUGCCAUUGUUUCUCAGUUACUUGGGCUUGAUACUCAAAAUCUGGUUGUAUGUUUGACCCAGAAAGAAACAGUAAGUAGGCUGAUAAUGAUGAUUAUAAAAUUUGGUGUAUAAUUAAGUACAUGCAUUGUUAUUUAUGAUAAUUGAAAGCAUUAAAAAAAACUUGUUAUGAUAGGUGAUUUAUUACUGGCUUUAAGUGCCUUUUGGAUGAAUUUGGUAAAACUCAUUAAGAAAUAAUACCAAAAGGAUUCAGAGAAAAAGUGAAUAUUAAGUUCAUGAAAGGCUAAAAAUGAACAAAAGCAAUUCAUAGUUGGUUUUAUAUUGGGAUCUGAAAAGUUGACAAGGUGGCAUGAGUUUUUCAUAUCAAUCACAGAGUGCAGGGAAAUAAGACCAUUGCAUUCCUACAGUACUGGUACUUUUAAAAUUUUCUUUAAACCUUGCUUUCAAUGCCAACAUUUCAACCUGCAUGUUCUUGUCCACUGUAGACAGCAGGAAACUCUAAAAUCAAGAGUCCUAGGUCCGCAGAUCAAGCUUUUGAUGCACGGUAAGGAUUAGUCACCCUAUCCAUAAUCUUGGUAUCAUGUAUCUUGGGUAGAAAAAGAAAAGAUUUUAUGCUAGGUUGCCUCAGAAUGUUAAAGCUAAUUAUUACUCUCUGAAUAAAUCAAUAUCAAAGUCAUCACAGUGACUAUUUUUAUCCACAUUUUAUAGUAAAAUUGACUUCUGUUUGUUUAACUACAGAGAAACCUGUCCUAAGAGUCAAGGCAAAGAAUCAACUUAGUCACUGUAAAGAGUUUCAAAGCUUUCAAGUAUUAGCCCUUCCUCAUUCACUCUUAUGGCUAAUACUUGAAAGGUCAGCUCUGAAACUCUUUAUGGUAGCCAAAUUUACAUUAUCAGCUCUGUAGAUAAUACUUAAUUGCCCUGUUAUAUUCUCCCUCUGAAGCAGCACCACAGUCUAAAGAAUCAACUUACUUGACUUUAAUGAUGACUUUGGUUCUGGUUGCUGAAUUGUGGUUUUCACUUUCACUUACAACAGUCCUUGCUCUUGGAUUAAAAUUUAUGCUGUGUGUUAUUGUCUUCACAGGGAUGCACUUUCAAAGGAAAUAUAUACACAGCUGUUUGGUUGGCUGAUCAGCAAAGUGAAUAACAUCAUAUUCAAAGGCAAGAUGCAGAUGUCUAUCGCUGUGCUUGAUAUCUUUGGCUUUGAGGUAAGCUAUGUGCUUAGAUGAAAAACUUGUUUUGAUUGCUGGGAAGCCCCUCUCAGAGAUCCUCUUGUUGGAAGUAUUUUUUGUCCUGUUGCCUUUAUGACUAAGAUGCCAUGAUGUGGAUUUUAUUCAAGAAUAUCUUGAUCUACCCUUGAUACUGAAAGGAUUUGUUCAUUGAGCAACUCCUUGGCCACCAUCUGUGUCUUCCAACUGCACAGUACAACACUUGUUUGUGUUUUUUCCAUAUCUGUUUGAAUUCAUGAACAGCAAAGUGAUAAAUUUGAAUGAUUACUUUUGAGUAGUGAUUAGAUUUUCAAAGUUUCAGUCUUUUAUUCUUAAGAUCUAUUUGUUGAUAUUUCAAUUUUUCCCUUAAUUGUUUUUAACAUUUUUUUUUCCAUGUUUAAAGGAUUUUGAAAAGAACAGCUUUGAGCAGUUGUGUAUCAAUUUUGCAAAUGAAACUCUGCAGUUUUUCUUCAACCAGUUUGUCUUCAGGAUGGAACAAGUGAGUCAGACAUUUAAAUAAGCAAUAUACGUGUAUAUAACAUACUCAAGCAUACUUUUCUUUUUAUUAUUUUAUCAAAAUUUGUUUUGAAUUCAUAAAACUUGUGCAACAAAUUUUGCUUGUCAAAAGGUCUUUCUGCAGUAUAUGUCUUAUAUGCAUUUAAGUAAGUAUACAUGUUAUUUGAAAAUGUGUCUUUGUAUGUUUUGUCUGUGGAUUAAUUUUGAAAAAUUAUUUUCAUUGCUUGUUUGUAUGUAGGAUGAGUAUGCCAGUGAACACAUCCGCUGGACAGACAUUCCAUUUUUUGAUAAUCAGCCAAGACUUGACCUAUUAGCCAAGCCUCCUUUUGGAUUGAUACAUGUUCUAGCUGAUGCUACAAGCUUUCCUAAGGUCACUACAAAUUCUUUUUUCUUAUUUCCCUUUGAAAUUUUCUUCAGUGGGUAGAAUGCAGUGUUGAUGUUUGGUAGGUCUGCUAGAACAAAUGUGCAGGUUUACCAUUCACCUUACUUAUGGCCCAGCUCUUUGUUGAACUCUGUAUGUGAACAGCUAUGUACUAAAAUUAGUUUUAAUGUCAAUUUUAAUCUUUGCUGGAUGUCAACAGGCAGAUGACUUGUCGUUUUUGGAGAAGUGCCAUCAUCACCAUGGGCAGAACAAAUUUUAUGAAAAACCCAAAACUCCAAAACCAGAAUUUUCAGUUUGUCAUUAUGCUGGUACAGUCUCAUAUCAGGUGAGAUAUCACCAGCUGGUUGGUGGUGAUUUAUGUAGAGAUAAUUCAUAAAAGGUACAUGACAGAUACAUACAGUACUUUGAUUCAUUGUUUGUAUUUCAGUUAGUCUGCUUUUCCUAGCCAAGUAAUCAUUCUGGGCAAUCAUUAUCUCAGUCUCUCUUCAAGUAAAUCCUGCAUAGGUGUUUUUUUUAAAAUCAAUUUAAAUCAGUUGUUUGUCAUUUUUUAGAGACAAAGCAAGGCUGCUCAAGGAAACUAGCCAUAGUCAGUCAGUUAUGGUUAUCAAUGAAAGUUAUUUGGCCAGACUUCAAUUUUCUGAUAAACAAAAUAUUCUUAUAUAUCACAUGUAUUUUUACAAAUCUUCAAAUAGUGAAAACCCAUAUUAAGUCUCUUAUUAAUGUGUUUAGGUGGCUGGGUUUCUGGAAAAGAACAGGGAUGGUCUCAAACCUGAUCUUGAAGAUCUUAUUUCAAGCUGUCACAACAAAGUGAGUACUUAAUUCAAGAAUUAUGUUUACUAACAAGUCACUGCAUUUGUCUACAUGUAAGUUUGAGAUGUCAGAAAUUGUCCAUCAUGCUUCAAUUAGAUGUUUAAUAAAUUAUGUGAUUUUUGAUUGGAUGUCUACAGUUCAUUCAAGAGCUAUUUCCAGAACUUCAAAGUGAGGAAUUUUCAAUAAAAGGAUUAAAACUUCCCUCUCAACCAAAGAACUCAUUAAGAUUGCCAUUGGGUCAGAAAAAAAGACCAACAGUUUGUGGCAAAUUUAAUGACUCCCUGAUUAAACUGGUGGUUGCCAUGAAGAGGUAUGUUUACUAUUUCUUAAUUAGAAGUUCAGCCUCUGUGAUUUGUGUGUCUUCAUUGUGCAAUCAUUCCUUGCAAUAGAUCUGUUGUACUUAAAAGUAAUAAGAGUUAAAACUGAUGAAUUAAAAUACUUGCAGCUCUUGUUUCCUGGAUUUUAAUCAGAGUGUGUGAUGUUCCCUCUUUUGCUAGAUUUACUUCAGAGCAAAGUUAUGGUAAAUUUGGAAAUGGUCUAGUAUUUUUUGUUGAUUACUAGAACAUGAAAACAGUUUUGCCUCUUUUUGAACUUUUUCCAACUUUUAUUGUCUUUCCCAAAUUUGUAGAGCUUGAUUUUAGAAUCUAGAAUCCAUGAACUUUAUCUAUUUCUCUGUCACUUGCAAGCAUGGCCAUACUUGCAGUAGUUCUAAAUGUUUCUCUUUCCUUUCAGUUGUAACCCGAUCUUUGUUAGGUGUAUUAAGCCAAACAGUACAAAGGUAUACCAUUCUUGAGCUUAAUUGUGAUGAACUUUUCCUUUAUUGCUCUGUCAUUACAAUGAAGUAUUUCUUAUGAUACUAAUCUGCGAACAUUGGUAUUCCAGGCACCAGGAAAAUUUGAAAUUCCUCUUGUUGUUGAGCAACUGAGAUAUUGUGGGAUUGUGGAAACUGUCAAGAUCCGAAAAGCUGGCUAUCCUAUCAGAUAUGGAUAUGCAGAUUUUAUUAAAAGGUAUGAGUGCAAGGUGCCUGGUAAUAUUGAUGCAUUAAAUACUGUGAUACUCUUGGGAACUAAAACCUAAUUUGAGGUCAGAGAUAUUGUCAACAUGCUAAAUAUUGUUUUUUUUUCUGCAUCACCAUUGGAGGUUCAUGUAGGCAAUUUGUUUUUUUUUUGCUCAAUAUGAAGCAAAUGGUGACAGGAAUGCGAACCUGGAGUGUGACAUUGAAUCUGAUUCUGAAUCUGGUUCAAGUAGGGAACUUUAAUGUCUUAUGUGUGACCAAUUGCUUAGUAUAACCACUUCCUUAAAAUAGCUGUAUUGUUUUGGCCUUAACAAUGGCUUCCCUACAGAAAACUGAAGAAAGGGGUGGUAUAUGAAAUAUUACUAAAAGUUUGGCAAAGCUCCCAACCUUGAUAACAUGUAUGCAUCAAUUUUUUUAAAGGUAUCAGUGUAUAUCAUCCCAUGUUGAUCUGAGUAGUCCAAAUCAAAAAGAAAAUGUGUCCCAACUUCUGAAACUUCUAGACAAGAUUGAACCUGAGAGCUUCCAGUUUGGAAAAACAAAGGUAAUUAAAAAUAGGAAGGGUUAGUUUAAAUUCAUUAUUUCUGACAAAUUGAUAUAGAGAGUGGAAUAAAAGAUAGAGAAAGGAAUAUUCUUUAAAUGAGCUUUGGUAUUCCCUAGAACCCAUCUGGCAUACUUUUUCUUGUAUCUAUGUUUAAUAUGUAUACUUUCAUACGCAGGUUUUUCUCAAAGAGGAUCUUCAUAGAGCUCUAGAAGAGGCCAGAAUGGCUAAGCUCAACCGCAUGGCCAUUGUCAUCCAAGCACGGGUAUGAUUGACUUUUCAAACUAUAGAAUAUAUGUACAGUUUUAUCUUUGUUUGUGUAAACCCUUUACACCCCAACAUUGAUAUUGAUAUUCUCCACACUGUUUCUUUUUACAUUUCCUCUGGUACUGACAAGGAGAAUUUGUCUGACAAUCAGGAGCUUCCUAAAUUGGUGAUCAUUUCCUUUAUUCUCAUGACCUUAACAUAUGAUUCAAGGGUGAUUAUGUGAAGAGAAAUUAGAAGCCAGUCACUCCUAAUAGUUAAAGGGUCUAAGGGGGUAUAGAAGGAGACAUGUAAAGUAACACUUUUUUGUUUUGAAUUUAAUUAAAAAUAAAUUUUAAUUAUCAUUUUCUGUAGGAUAUGAUGUUGUUUCUCCUCUAAGCAUGAAUUUAGUUUGCAGUCAGUGCACUGAUUUGAACUCAUUUGUAUCAUUCAUUUUUUUUAGAUGCGUGGAUAUUACCUCAAUAACAGAUACCUUAAAAUGAAGAAGGCUGCAAUUGUUAUUCAAAGUAACACACGUCGCAUUUUAGAAAGGUAUGAUGAAUUGGUUGCACUUUCUGAAACAGUUCUUUUCUACUGUAUCCAGGCAUAAGAUUGUUUGUGUUUUUUGUAUAAUUAUCUAUUUCUUCACAUGUGCUUUUUACCACCAUGGUUAUUAUUUUAAUUGAGAUUAAUAUGUGUAAGUUAUGGAGCUGUUUUAUCAGAUUUGGCGGUGUGACGUACAGUGGCUAAUCUCCAUAACCUUUCAGUGUAGGCUCUUUGAUUUUUCCUGUAUAUGUAUAUUUUGUUCUGGCUGUUUAUUUUUCAAUCCAAUUUGGUUCUGUUACAUUAGAAAAGGAACUGAUAAAGAGGAAUAAUGAUGCAAGUGGAAGAAGAUGUAAACUAUAUAUCUUUACAGCAGAGCUCGCAGAGCGUAGCCCCAUAAUUAUACAAAAUAGUAGUAACCCAUCAAGCCUAAAAAAUUUGGGCGUACGACCGUACGACCGUACGACCAUACAAGGUGCUACUUUUAACAUGCGUGGUCAACUGUACCGCGGGCAUGCCAACGCCACGGCUUUGUUCAGUAAUCCAGUGGUCAGUGCACUGGGCUCCGAGUCAGACAACCCGGGUUCUAGGGGGCAAGGCAUUGUGUCCUUGAGAUGUGCAGGGGAAAAAAAAAAUGCAAGCUCUGCUUUUAGACUUAGCUAAAUCUAGAUAUUAGAAAUCCUUGCAUUGGAAAAACUGAAGUUAAAAAAAACAAGAAAAGAAAACUUCACUUAUCAUCAUAAAAAAAAACUUUGUGUGACUUAUUAUUGUUCAACCCAAGGCUUGACAUAAAAUUGUCUUUAAUGGAUAGGAUUCUAUUGGAGAGCCAGGGUACAAUUUUGAAUUAUAAAGUUCAUAGUAAGCUCGCCUUUUAGUCCUAAUGAUUUGACAGGUGUGACCAGCUGUUCACCUUACAUAAGAAAAUUCAUCUUGAUUAUUUUUGUCUCUGCUUAGUCAUGUUUAGUUUUCUGGGGCAAGUUGUUUAAAGGAUUAUUUAGCUAACCAAGGGUUAGCCAAUACAUUUUUAGUUAGUUUUGUAGCUCUGCAGACAGUUCUACUUGUGUUUUCCUUCAGUUCUGUUUCAUGCUAAGGUAAACCUCUGAAAAAGUAAGCUCUAAUAUACGUAUUAUUUCAAGAAAAAUCAAGGACAAGUUAAACUUUUAAUCCUGGAUUAUUGCAAACUGCCUUUGAAAGAAGUGGCCCUGUAUAUUGGCCUUUUGACUGAUGAAUAGCAUCGUCUCAUACUUGUCCUUGUUCCUUCUUUUAUCAUGCAGAAAUAAAUAUUUAAAGGCAAGAAAAGGAUUCAUCCUUCUCCAGGCAAUUUAUAGGAUGCAGAGACAUAGACGAGCUUUCUUGAAGGUCAGUUACUCAGUCUUAAAGAUAUUACAGUAAAAAAGCAAAUAUUUUUAUUAUCUGUAUAUUUGAAUUUUGUAUUGGUGGGGCUAGUAAUUUUUUGGUGGAGAUGCAUACAGUGUAUACAUUUUCUCAUUCCAGUGAUAGUGGGAACACACAUGUAUUGGUUAUCAACAUACUCUGUAUGCAAUAUAUUUUCAGUCUGAAAACAAAAAAAUACUGGGCUCUAUGUGAGCUACAGUAGGUAGAAUCUAUAGGGUUAGUAACCUUCUCUGCAUCAUAUAUUAAGGAGGUAAAAUGAAUUUGUGCCAAAUGACAAUUACAUGCAAUGUAUACAGUCAUGUAAGAAGCCAAUGUAAGUGAGCCAAUGACUCUAUUUCAUCGCAUACUGUUCAAGUUUUCAUUUUAGCGAGUGGUCUUAACAUUUUUCAUUAAUGUGCAAUUUCCAGAUUGCAUGAAAGAUAUAACCUACAACUGUAGCAAUCACACCUUAUUUGCUGCACACAGAAGCAUGAAAAUUUAUAUUAGUCUGGAAUAUUCAUUAGGUCUUUAAAAGCUACUCUAAUUUAUUGAAGAAGUGUUUAUUAUGAUUUUGUUAUGAAUGCAGUAAGGAUUAAAUUUCAGUAGUUAUUAAUACAUUUGUGAGAUAACUAAAUUAUUGUUUUGAUGUGAUGUAGCAUGUUGAGAUUUACAAAGUGCAAUAAGAUGAAAGGUUAAAUGGUUAAAAGAGAAUUAUCCACUGUGAAAGGAACCUGUUUAUGAGUUCAUGAUGGAGAAUUCAUUUUUUUUUUUGGUAGUGCGUUUAUAGUUUACAGCAGCUAUUAUAAAUAAACCAGUAUGCUAGAUUUAAAAUAUAGAUACAUUCUUAUACAUAUAAAUAAUAAAGAUACAUUCUUUCAACAUUUAUCCAACUGAUCUCCUAGAUAUUAUUGUGAAAAUAAUAUUUAUGUCUACUUUUUUUGAUACAGUGUAUGAUAUGGUUAUGUUAUACAGUAUUGUUAGUUGAUACCUUUACUUGCUCAGUGGUGUUCAGAGCUUCAUCCUCACUCAUUGGAUUCAAAACUGCUUUUCCAAAAGUUAUUCUGUCUCCAAGAUUUUCAAUCUGGUGUGUAUUCAUGGAUUCCUUUCAGACAAUAUUAAUGAAUUAUUCAUGUAUGUAACCAAAAAUGCAAGUAUAGAUCAUCACAUAUAUAGCAGAUAUUUGUAAAUAUUUGUCAUCAGACCACCACUUGACCUACUCCUGGAAAAUAUCCAUCAGUUUUAGCCAAAAGAGUUCAAAUGAUUAUCAAAUUAUUUGACACCACUUUUUUUCAAUACUCACUAAAAUCUGUUUAAACAUGCACCUGAUGAUCAAAGCUGUGGAAAAUUUUUUUAUGAGUAAAAAGGUUUGCUAGCUUGGAUUUCUUUCAAGUAAUCACUUCUUUAAAGUGCUUUGGAAAAGAGCUAGCUGGAGAAAUCUCAUUUACAUGUGAUCUGUGAGUGCAUAUUUAGAAGGAAUCAUGCUAUUUGGACAUGAUGGUUGCAUUCGUGACCCACACUUGGACUGUUAAUCCUGAACAGGUAUACCCCUCAUCUUCAAAUAUGAUCAACUCAUUUUAAUUAUUAGUAAGAGUUCAUUUUUGAACUGGUUUGUAUGUUGGAAUUUUCAUUUGGCAGAUUGACCAAUAAGUUAUUUCUAUCCAAUACAUUGUAAUACCAAUACAUUCUAUACCAAUACAUUGUCUGACAACAACACUACGCCAUUUUUUUAAUUAAAAAAUUUAUCUCUUGAUCGAAUGAGGAUUAUGCAGAACGGAAAGUUCGACAGAAUCUCUGAAAGUAUUGUUGAGAGGAAUUAUCUCAUGAUAACAAAGUGGUGCACUUAUGUGUCGUGGGAAAAUUUUUGAGGUGUUCUAUAAACUGUAAUGAAAUAUGUUAAUUUUUAUAACAUCAUUGUUAUUUGACUUCUGUAAUCAAUGAUUGUGUUGAGGUCAGUCAUUUUAGCUAAAUAAUGUCGUAAUGUACGAAGCACUUUUUUUUGGCGUCUUAUUUUGAAGUGAAAGAUUUUUUUGUCUUAACUUAAGUAUUGGCCAAAGGACACUCACCUCCUUUUUAACGGCUGCUCUUUCUGUUUUAAAAAAGUGAUUUUUAUUGAGAGUUAAGUACAAGCGGACAUCAUUAUCUAAGAGAAUUUCUAGAAAAGGGAGUAUGUUGUGGUCAAAAGACAUGAUUAGAAUAUUUUAAGAUACAAGUAGUUCAUAUUGGCCUUAUUUUUAAAAACAAUUUUCCUUUGAUAACGCUUUUUCAAACGAUGUACUACAUGAUUCAAAACAUGUAUUCCACUAUUACUCAAUUAAUCUGCUGAUUUUUUGGCGGGGUUUCUCACUAAUAACUUAAGAUGUAAUGUCUUGAUUCUUUCAAAAUACAGAGAGGAAAAUGAUUAACUUUUUCUGUAAUUAUUUGGUACCGUGCAGAUACAUAAAAGAAUGUGAAAAAGAAUAUUUAGUUUCCUUGUUUAUACAGUAGAUGAGAGCUCUUGCAGAUUCUACCGACUGUUUCGCAAGUAGGUUAACGCUUUCGUAAGUUGUAGUUGUUAAAUUUGAAUGUCUCGAAAUUUCAUGUAGUGUAUCGGAAUAAAUAUCGAAUGAAAUACGAUGUCAGGAAUAUCACCCCUGUUUAAAACAGAAAUUGUUUGAUAUUUUACCGUGUGUUGUUAAGAGAAUAAUAUUGGCAGGCUGGCUAGCUGACACAUAUUUUGAAUAAAAUUUCAUGCAGUUGCAAAUUACUUUCAAUUAGCAUAUGAGAGUCAGAAUCUAUUGUUUUAAAUGACUUCAUCUGUUGAAAUAGCUCUGUAUUGUUGUAAAUAGCCACUAGUGUUUUCUGACGCUCGGCGGAAAGAACGUAAAGUAUGCAGCGGCCAGUAUGUUAUUAAAAGUCAAGGUUGUGUUUUAUCGGUGGAGGCAAACCUAUAGGGACCAAUUCAUUGAUUAUCAGAGGAACGCAAACUUGUUGGGUUGAAGUUAAACAAAAGAAUACAUACAUGAAUGCUGAAGUAAGUAAAACUUAUAAUUUUGUGAUGAAUGCAUCCAGUGUAUGAUAUUAGGUCGCACAUAAUCUUCAGGUUGAUUUUUGAGAAGCUGAAUAUUCUAACUCUGUGAAUUAAAUUCGUAGAUGUUAAGCGUGGCUUUGUUCUUUAAACUGGCACGAAAAUUCUGCGGGUUUUUAAAUUCUGAACCAUAAUUUAAAUAUUUGUAAACUGACAAGUCGCCAGUUUCUGGUGGUUAAUGUAAACAAACCUCCCGUUUAGACAUGUAAAGAAGGCAUCAAAUGCAGGUGAUGUAUUUAGUAUGAAAAAAAAUAGCUGGAUUUGUCGCCUCUUUGUCUUCAACCUUGGUGAAGGAACAGAGUUUAUCUUACAGGAUACAAGUGCCUGAAUUUUAAUUCAGUCAUGCAUUCCGCGGAAUUUUUGUAGAACAUUCUCUCGAUUAACACAUGAGUGAGAAUUUCAAAUGCUUGUUUUUUAUAAAUUUACUGCUUGUUAUCAUCAUCUCUUGUAAUUGGGGCUAAACAGUGUAAAGAGUAAUAAUUUUUUUCUGGUGAUUUCCAUGGGUAAAGUUAUAUGCAGUAAAUUGCGAUUGAUUUAAACCAGUUGUUUUAAUUGUAACACUUCAGAUAUAAUUAUGAAUUUUCCUGUUCUCGUUUGUGUAACGAGCUAACAUAAACACUUUCAAAAUUAGUUUCGAGCAGAGAUUAAAGUCUCUACUCUUUGGCGUGCACUUUACGUUUUAUUAAACCCAGUGCUGGUAUCUCCAGUUUUCUGUGAUCAGACACUGCGAAGUUUACAACCUAUGAAAAACUCCUACGGUUUCCUUUUGAAACAAGAUUUUGAUAUCCAUAUUACAUGUUAAGUCCGUGUACUAUGUUCUUUGAUUAGUUCGUUUGUUUAUUUAUCUUCUGUUAUAAUAAGGAUUAAUCCUAGAUGCAUUUAUUGUGUUGACUUUUUGCUAGGACUUAUGUUAUUAAUAGAUUAGUGUAAUUAAUCAGAUGUUAGAUAAACUUUUAUAAAAUAAUGAAUAACUUUACUUGGAUAUCCAUCCAUACCGAGUAUCUGUUCUGAAUGAGAGCAUUAUAAAUACAUAGACAAAUGUGUUUACCGUGGUUUCGUGGAUAAAUGAACGUUUAAUCGUUUGUCUCACAAUGCAGGAUUAGGCUAAUCAAUUGUAUUGAUCGCGACGUAUCGACUGCAGAACUGCAAUUCUUCUACAUAACGAGACAAACGAUUUAACGAUCAUUUGUCGGUAUUAAACCAAAUACUUGUAGAAAAUAGUUGUAGACAACGCGGGUUUUCUUCAUGACGCGGGUGGCUAAAAUCGGUGUCGUGGAGCGCAAGGUGCGAUAAGAAAGCAAAGAGAAAGAGAGAAAGUCCUAUGCUCGAUCGCUUCCCAUCACCUCUUUAUCUCUUUAUAUCUAGAAUAAUAACUCUGAAUUACGCUAAAAUAAUUUGAUUGAUCUUCGUUAUGAUGUUUGACUGUGUCCUCUCCUUAUUGCAGAUUUAGAGAGGGCUACUUUGAAAAGAUUAUACCUCAAUAAUUCCAACUCCUAUUCGUUUGCCAUAGUCCCUCAUUUCUGGCAAAUUUCCUUUUGGUUUUUACAGCAGCAGAAUGAGAGACGCCAGAAAGAGAAGGCAAGAGACAAGCAGAAUUUUCUCAGACAAGCGCCGCGCACUCAGUCAGCCCCUCUAGACUCCCCGGCACCGCCAGCUGCAGUAGCUCCCCAAACUGUGGAAACGGUGGAUACAAAACAUGUUCCAGAAGUGGUGGUUUGUAUCGUUGUUCUUUUCUGCUUUUAACUUACUCUAGCAAACUCCUGUCUUACUUUUAUCAUGUCAUGUUUUUAUCUCAUCCCACCAAACUCUUGUUUUAAGAUUUCUGUCCAUGAUUUGUGCUUUGGAAUGUUACCAGGUGGCUCCGUAUAAUGACUGACUCUUUGAGCAAUCGAGUGAAGGGGGGAGAGCGGUGGAUGGAGGUGCCUUUGGUUGUACCUUAUGAAGUUUUAAGCUAGCUUAGCUGUUCCUGUCUGUGGAAUUAUUGAAUUAAUGGCUGUUUGAAAAGGUCAUGUAUUUUUAUGCCAGUGUUAACAAUAAUGUAGGAUAUGCUAACUGCUUAGCAUUUGUUUUAUUAAUGGUAAGCUAUUACCACCUAUUCGUAGGAAAUUGAGAAACAAAUCGCAACAGACGUUACUCAUCUUGAGAUUCCAGCAGAUUUGGCACUGGUUUUUGCCAGUAUCCAAGGUUAGUGUGUUGUCCUCGUUCUGAUUCGCCGAUAUGAUUAUUUUCCUUUUGCUCCACGAUCAACAUGUUCACAUUAUUUCGUGUACUUGCGAAAUUAGGCUGGACCUUGACCCAUGGAUCGUCGGUUCAUGAAAAUAGAGGAGGCAUAAUUAAACACGAUUAUGCAACGUCAACGUUACCAGAAAAUAUCAACGACUUUCUCUUCUCAAAGUUUGCUCAAGAGAACUUCCAGGUAAGUUUUCUAUCUAUAUUUCCUUCUGACUUACUUCUAUUUCGGGCCCUCGAUAAAUGUAAUGUUGCAGAUGCUGAUUGAUUUAGUUUUUUUUUUUCCAAGUGAUGAUAUGGUUUCCUUUUUUCACUAAUUCGACUUUUUCUAAAUUCCCUUAAUUAAAUUACAAAGAAACGCAAAAGAUGUGAGAUAUUGAUAGCUGACUCACUGAAGGGCAGACUGGUUGUAAAUAUGAUUAAAGCUAGUGCGGGUCGUUGUGACUUGGUAGUUAGCACCACCACAGCGGACGUCAUCUUCAGAGUCACUGCGCUCACACCUACAAUAGACCUUUUUUAGGUGCAGUCGUGGGAGUUCUUGCCUUCCACCCUGUGGUCCUGGUUCCCGUCCUUGUCCCAAGGGUUUUUCGCCGUCCUUUUCGGUUUGCAGCCUUUACAAAAGCAAUUUGUCAAAACUCCAAUUUAACCUGGAAAAAGAGGACGAGGAAAGCAAUUAGUAGUUGUGCACUCUUUACGAACGAUUCUUCCCAUAAUUGUUGUUGUCACGUUGUGUUGUUAGAGUGAACAUCAAUGGCGAAUGGUAAGGUCCCCCCUAAGAACCAGCUUGUUGCCUGUCAAGUAUUCCGACAGUGUCAUGGCCAUAGGACUCUUUCAGCUGGUAAGAAGUUAUUUUUUUUUAUCUGCAAAGCGGAGCUAACUACGAUAACACUGCAUCAUUUCUUGAGGUGUAGAUUCACAUGUAUGGCUCUAUUUUUACUUAUUCUCAUAUCUUUCCCUCAAAUAAAUAGUUUUCUCCUCAUUAAAAAUGGAGCUGUUUGUUUAAUUGUCUAGAAAGUAUAUUCUCCUGCUGCUAAGUUUGAGCCACAGAUGGCUAUUAUAUAUAAUUGUUUAGGUUGGUGAAAGUAUUUUCAUCUCCUCCUUUCCGCGGAAAGAAUUGGACCCUCUUCCACUACACUUCCUUCACCUGUAAGUGCAAAAACUGAAAGGUUUCUCGUCUGCUUUUCCUCUUACUUGUUGCAGGUCAUGCGAUUCAUGGACGAUAAAUCUAUAACAGAUACAAAGGAAUUUGCUGUUGGAAACUACCUUGUACAAAUGGUAAGUGAUUUUCAGAAACACAACCGUUUAGAUAGUGGUAGAUUCAUCCCAAGAAGCUCAAAGUAUUCAUACUCGGCAUUAGAAACUUCAACCAUGAAGUAUGCGGUUCAAUACGAGUUGAUGCCCUCUAUUAACGUCAAAUUCUUUUUGUUUCUUAAAUUAUGUAAUCUGAACCCCGGUAACUCGAAUUGCCAAGGGAAAUUGAAACUAUUUUGAGUUAUCGGGAUUUCGAGUUUGAGGGGUUUUGAACAAAAAGACCAGAAGCACUUGAAUAAAAAGGUUUUGUGCUUAUACAUGUUUUAAUGUAAGAUUUCUAGAAAUGUAAGAGCAUAAAAAUGACAAAACAAAAGAAGACAAAACAAGAGCAUGAAAACCGCAAGUACUAUAAAGUAGCUGCUCUUCAGAAUGUUUAGCGCUAAAUCUCUCUUUAACAUUUGUUGAAAAAUCUAUUCACAUAAUUGAUUUGAAAAAUAGUCCUUCAUAAGUCCCUGGCGUUUGCAGCCAUUCUGUGUCUGUCAAUAGAGUUACACGGCUUCUCAAUGCCCGGCGGACUCAAAGUCAAGAAACUGACGAAGGGAUGCAAGUGCCAUGCGCAGUGAAUUUUGAGGGGAAGAGGAAACAUGUUUUUGUUCUCAAGAAUGAACUGGGCACGAUUUACAAGUAAUGACAAACAAGAGAUCGAUUCCAGAUUACGCGCCAUUAUUUCUCUUCGCCGGAAAGAACUUUCAAAACUGUUUGUUUACGGACAUACAAACGCGUGAUAUCGACAAAGGUCAAUUUGUCAUAAUAUAUAAAUGAGAUUAAAUGUUAUCUUCCGAUGCAAAAUGUUAUGGUUCAUUGGUCCGUAAAAGUGAAAAUCGGGUUUCGAGUUAUAGGGGUUUAAAUUACAGCAAGUAUAUGAGGCAAAUCCAAGGGAAAUCGGGUUUGCUUCGAGUUAGCAAGGAAUUCGGGUUACUGAGGGUUCUAGUUAUCGGGGUUCAAAUGUACAAUCUUUUGUUGUUUAUCUAGGGCAUUUUUAAACCUGAACUUCGCGAAGAGAUGUACUGCCAUCUUUGCAACCAGACUUGGGGGAACACUUCUGAUACGAGCAACGAACGAGGCUGGCUUCUCUUUGCAUUGUUUCUCUGCUGUUUUGCACCGUCCGCCAGACUCUACAAGCCUUUACUCAAGUAAGCAAAGGCCUCAUGAUAUCAGUGUUCAAGGGUGUGGUCAGCGGCUAAUACAUCGUAAUUUUGAUCUAAAUGUUGAGUGCGACUCCCUCGGUGUUCAUGUCUGACCGUGUUGGUAGUGCUGUUAAUGCUUCAUGUUGAUAUCCUUGAGACCUAUUAAUGCUGUCAAAAGUUUUCUAUCUACUUUGACUUUAAACUGGAUAUUUCAAUGUUGGAAUUUGCUUGAAACUUGUGCUUUAAUUUCUAAUCAACUGCUUUCCUGUUUUUGUUGCAGGUACAUUUCGGAUCAAGCUUUCAACGGCUAUAAAAGUUAUUGUCAACAUAAAUUGUUGUGUUGGGAUAUGAAUGGGUCUCCUGUGGCACGAUCACAUCCGCCUUCCAUGUUGGAGUGGCAAGCGGCAAAGAUGAGAGUCAACAUGGCUGCCGAGUGUCAUUUUCCUGACGGUAUGAAACACUCAGCUGUUAGCAGCAGUAUUUUGAACACAGGGUGGAAAAAUUUAUACUUAAAUGUUUACACUAUCAAGUUUUCCUUAGUGGUUUAGAUGCAGAAAUUUUAAAAAAGUUUGUAUUUCUCGAGGGCGAAACUUGUUAGUGUAUGAAGCUUUUUAAGGGCUUUCAUUUAGACAAUUAUGAAGGACUUUAGGGAAAUUCUAUUCCACAAGUGUGGUUGAGUAGUUUCCCCCUCUAAUCUAUUAUAGCAGAUAAGUUAUCCGUAAGUGGUGCCUUUAACAGAGAUAACUUUCUGGUGUUAAUGUGUUUUAUGAGUGUGUAGGUGGAAGUAAAGGAACAGUGUAUUCUUUUGUCUUGUUAAGAUUGAAUUUGAAAUAAUGAAAACGGAGAAAUGUUUCAUUCUCCUUUUUCAGGAGAGAGAAGGACGGCAGAAGUUGAAUCUUGCACAACUGGAGAAGACCUGGCGAAAUUGAUACUACAAGACAGGUGAGCCAGGUUGAAUUCAGAUUCAGUAUAACUUCUCAGUAUUUUAAAUUCAUUCAUAUAUCGCUCGUUACUCGGUUAUGGACUGAGCGGGCAGUCUUUAUCUUUUGCUCUGCAAUCCCAACUUGACUUUAUUGAAAGUCAUUUCGAUAAGUUGGUAAUUUGCCACCCGAACUUAUUCUCUCCACUCUUAAUUGGUGUUUUUUCGUAGAAAGAAAAAAAAAUCAGAAUAGUAUGACCGAAAUAUCGUGAAUGUAAUGUGUUAAUGUGUUUGUUUUCAGAGGUAUUGAAGAUGCGAAGGGUUGGACUGUUGAUUUGGAGACAAGUAACUGGCAUUGUACUCUGGCUGGCAAGGAUUAUAUUUUUGAUCUUGUUUCCGAACUGGAAUACCCACCAGCCUUUCCUCUGUCUCGAUCCUCAUCUCUUCUUACUGUUAAACCAGGCAGCAAUAUUCCUCCAGGUCAGCUGGAGACAUUAUCCAAGUAAGUAGUAAUUUGUCAAUUGCCAUUACAAGCUCGAUUCUGUUUAGUGGUGUUGUUUCCUUUGUUUGCCCUUUCGUGUGUUUAUUGAAUUGUACGUUGAAUUGUUUUUUUUUUUGUACGGGAUCACACUACAUUCCUUCGGUCCGUCGGUCACUUUGUACGUUCCCUGUACGUGUAAUUCCUCAUUCGUUUCUUGUUUCAUUAGUGUGCACGUGUACAUUCUCUCUCUCUGUCCAACCAUGAUAUUCUCUGUUCUCUUCACAGCCUUCACAUGCCGCAAGCUCGUGGAAAAAGCGUCGCAGAAAUUGCCCACAAAUUCACGGUUGUGGAGCAGCAGCCACCUUCAGCGCCGGUACACAUACAACGAGAAGAUGCGUUGAGUGCAGCUACAUCAGCAAGGAUUGCAAGUGCUAAUUACCAAGGACCGGUAGAAGACAAUCUUGUACAAAGGACGAGAUUGGGAAGCAGCUCUCCUCGUGUCGAAUCAGCCCCAUCUCCUCCCCUUCCAAAUGCGUUCGUACCACCACCCCCUCCACCCCCACCCGCAUUUGUGCCACCACCACCACCCCCACCACCACCGGUUGCUCCACCGACCGGGCAGGUGGUUCUUAGACGUAAGGUAACGAAAAAGGAUAGCAAAGACAAGAAGAAAAGGGAAAGUGGUCUGUCUAUGGCUGAAGUUAUGGCAAAGGCGAAGAAAAUGCGUGAGGCUCGUGAACGUGUGUUGUCAACAGGAAGCAGUACAUCAGCCACCAAUGAAAUCAGUGAAGAUCCUUUUGAAUCUGCAAUGCAAGCCCGGGCAGUGCAACUUAAGUGCAGAAAGCCGGAGAUGCAGCCAGCUCCUCGCCAGGAGGAAGACAGUGAACUGAUGAGAGAGAUGAAACGGAAGGCACAGAGAGCUAGUCGGGCUUUUGUAGAAACCGAGAAAGGUCCACUUCCGUCAUCCGACGACAAUGUCUUUGUCCUUGACAUAAAUGGUGGAAGACCCACAACGGACAAUGUUUCUAUUUCUAGCAGAGAGGGAGGUGACAAUGACUCAGUGCAUUCGCUGGAAACUGGAGUUCGAUUGGAGUCGCCUAAACAGGUGAAAGACUUUGUAGACAGUUUAUUCGACCCUGUGCUCUCACAAGGAGUAGAGGGUUUAUCAAAUGAGACGGCAUUACAAGGAGCUAUGAAAGGCGGCGGAGGUGUGAACCAGCCAAACAACACUGCAACAGCUAAUGGUGGUACAUCAUCAGGAUCAACAGCACCUGCUGUGAAUGGACAGGCUCACAGUCAAGGGAAUGGAUUUAGUAUACAUCCAACCGCUCAGGCUCCAGGAAAUGGUUACCCAGGAAUGAUGCAAACAAAUGGUUUCCCAGGAAUGAUGGGUAUGCCUACCAUGUACUACGGAAUACCACAAGCAAAUGGCCCCUUGGGUAUGCCACAGGCCAACGGGUCCCUAGUUAUGCCUCAAGCGAAUGGCCCCGUGGGUAUGCCACAGGCCAAUGGGUCCCUGGCUAUGCCUCAGGCGAAUGUGCCACUCUUGGUUCCCCAAGCGAGCGGCGGGCCUGUGUUGGGUGGUCCAUUAUUCCAACCCAACGUGGAAACGGCAAUGCUGGCAGCUCAGCAGCAAGUUCUUAUUGAGCGCCUGAUCGCGCAGCAAGCACUCUUGCAACAACAGCAAACGGUAGCCUCUCAAAAGCAGCAGGAGCAGCUUAUGAUGCUCGCCAAACAGCAGCAGUCUCAGUUGGAGCAGAUGCAGUCCUUUCUUGCUGCUUCAAAUCAGCCUACACAUCAGCAGUUAGAGGAACAAACAGUCGACGGCCCUGCACCUCCUUCCGUUGGCGCUGCUACAAAUGGCUAUGCAGCGAGCCACAUGGAUGGGACCGUGGCUGAUGUCCCUUUACCUCCGCCUGAAUUUUCGGACGUUGGGCACUUGUUGCCUCCUCCAGCGUACGCCGUUCCUUCACCUCAGGUGCCCGUCCCAGCACGUACGUCAUCGCUUCCUCCACCACCACCACUAUCCACUCGUGAGGAACGAUCCUCGUCUUCUGAGGAGUUUCCAGCGCCACCUCCAGCCAUUUCUGAAAGCACAGUUGAGAAUCUUGACUCCCCGGAGAGACCGGGGCUUAAGAGGCGAAGCACUGAUAAGGUAGCGCUGGCUAUAGCUGCCUUAGAGGGGAAGUCAGGAGGGGAAGAGCUCCGCUCUCCUGGACCGGCGUCUCCUGUCAAACACGGGGAGAGUUUUACUUUUUCCAGCGAAUCCUCCCCCCGAAGGGAGAGUGCUGCUAAAGAAAGACCAGACUUUCACAAACGAGCUUCUUCGUCGCUAAAUUUUGUUGUAUUGUCCGACAGAAACAACGUUACGGCUCUACAUCCAAGGUGUACUGGACCGUAUCUUUCAUAUAGUCAUGUCAAGUGGAAAUUCAACAUUCGCAAAGAGGUGAGUUAACAGCAGUCGAUCGAAAUCUUGUUUGCAUGCUUAGAGCCGUGAUAGAUUUGACGAGCGGUGGCGUAAUUUUAUGUUCUCUUUCCAUUUUAGGUUUUCACGGCAGACGAGAAGUUGGACAAUAAUCUCAAGCAGCGGCUGAUAUUUCUACAGGUAUGUAAAAAUAUUUCGCUCGUGUGUACCCUAGCUUAUCAGCGUUGAGAAGCUUAUAUUGAUGGGUAAGCUUCUUAAGUAUUUCGUUAACUUUUGUUUAAAUUCAUUUUUCAGUGAGCCAGGAGACAAGUGCCCAAAAGCUUUCUAAGUCGCACAUUUAGUUUGUGUUCCUAGAGAAAAGGGCAAAGUUCUACCAAUUUCGAAUAACCUUUUCAAAAUUCUGGCCCGAAAACAGGCGAAAGGGGGGUACAAAUAGGGCUGGAUGGAAAAUUGUUUUCUUAUCCAAUUUACUCUCUGAUUUAUUUUCAGAUACUUCGCGAUUCGUACUCAAAUUGCUGCUGUAAAAUGUCACAAGAGGAUUGCAAACGGAUGCAACUUUUAUUACGUAAGUUUAAUAAUAAGCACACUAAAUACUUGGGAUUAGCUGAAUUGCUUCGUCUCCUCAUAAACAGACCAUGGUUCGUCGCAUCCUCUCAUCCAGCACUUCGUGAUCGGGAACCCAGAGUGCUGAAUAUUUGCGCUUUGCGUCUUCGUUCGUCUUAGCAGUACUUAUUUCCAGGACCCUUUGAACACCGACAAGAUCCUCAUCCUUUAUUGACAGGCUUAUAACAUGACAUGCGUUCUGUGUGCUGCUGGGGUCAGAAAUAUGGUGACUUUGAAGCUCAAUUACCGCCAGGAACUGACCAACAAAUGACAUUCUCGACACGAAAAAAACAAAACAAAACAAAAGCAAAAAAAAUACAAAAAGCCAGUUAAUUGAAGCUCUCUCGUCGUAAAAAGAGAGGAAGAUUUUACUCAUCCUGUUUGGACUGUGGAACAAUGAACAAGUUUGAACCCUCUUCGAAAAGUUUAAACUCAAACUUUCAAGAGCGAAAUCUGAAGCUCUAGGGUUCAAUGCCACGCUGAAGACUCAGGUUUUUGCCUUUGUAUGACGCUCAGGAAAACACAAAUGAGAAUUAAUUUUGUUAAGAAAUCCUUUUCACUUGCGCCGUUUGAUUCGUUAUAGAAAAAUAUGGCAUCACACCGGAGAGGCCUCACUCAAGUGCUCCAGUGGAGGACAUCAUUAUCGAGGCUGCCAGACAGCUGCCCCUCUAUUUCAGCCGGUUCUUUGUUGUUAAGGUAGUUAUUCUAUGUCAUUUAAUCAGAGCUCACACUGCAGAGCGGUAUUUGAAUGAUGGAUUAUUGUUUUAUUUUAGGGUCAGAAUGAAUUGCCGGAUGUGCAUUACUUAGCUGUGUCUGAACACGGUGUCAAAUUGGUAAAAAGAGAGAAAAUAACUGAUGAACUGGAAGUCAUGAGAAACAUCCCGUAAGUUGCUUUGUAAUUCCUUUCUUUAAGACACUUUUUAAUCUUUAAUUUGGAGUAUUUCACGGGAAGGCUUUAACUUUCGAUAAUAUUUGGAACAGUUUUUAAAUCCCUUAAUAACGUCCCGUUUUACUUAGUUGCUAUGAUUAGUUCUCAUAACAACUUUUAAUUUGUUUUAACUUGACGACAUAACGGAUUGUGGAUUAAUUUCCAGAGGAAGAGACCCUUCUCUAAUAUUGCAGCUGAAAAAUCUUACCGUUAUAAUAUCAAUUUUUCUCUGAAAUCUACAUAGAACGGCGCAAGACAAAAAUUUUAGGGGUAACUUCAGCACAAAAGCUAAUGCGACAAUUUCAAAAGUUCUUGCUUCAUAUUUUAAGCUUAACGCGCGAAGGAUAUAGAUCUGUAAUAAGUCUUGGGGAAGGUCCUCAGAAACGUCUGUGUUGAAACUCCCAAUCUUUGAAGCUGAGAUUUAAAGGUUCUUCUCACCAGGUACACGGAGUUGGUCAAGCUAAAGGUCCUUAAGGAUAAACUGACCUUGACACUCACAAAGGAAGUUAAAGUCGUUGUCCAUACAGAAAGGGUAAGUUGACUUUUGUUCAAUUAAUUCCACACAGUUCGUCGCGUUCUAAACGAAUGUAUAGAUUGAUUUUUUGGAAGUACUGAUCAAUUAGUUGUUUAUUUGAUAGGCGGCAGAGGCAAAGCACAUUAUUGACACAUACCUCAGACAUUUGGAAAAGGUAGACGUUUCUUGUGCGAUAUACUUAAAAAGUCCUGAGUACUGUUUUUGGAUCUGCUGUAAUAGAUAUUCUUGUUGUGGUAGCUGAAAUACUCGUUAUGGAUUUCGUUUCUCAAAAGAGAGAACAAAGAGAUUUUUCACGGUAUGAGGUCUCAUGCAUGCGUUCUAGGGUACAAGUGGUUGAUAACGUUAAUGAUAAAAGUUGGAUUUCCCCCUUCCCCAUUUGAUGUUGCUUAAAUGCUAGUGGAACGCUUCUCCCUUUAGUUUGGUCUUCAUUCUUAUUCAUAUUUCUUCGCAAACGUAACGCUUUGAAAAACUGCAUAGUUCUUCAGCGAAAUUAUGAAAAAAUGUUCUUGAUUUUCAGGAAGUGCAGUAUGUCCGUGCGCUUUAUGAUCACGUGAGCCCCGAGCCUGCUCUUCUCAACUUCAAGAAGGGUGACGUCAUAAAGAUUGUGCGUAAAGAUGAUUUGGAGGAGGGUUGGGUCUAUGGUGUGUUCAACAACCAAGCCGGCUAUUUUCCUGCCGAUUUCGUCACACACAUUCAAGAGGUAUUGUGCAAUUAGACCACUCUUUACUGCAUUAAUUUUUCUCGAACUUUCUUUUGCGUAUAACUAUCUAUGGAGGUUAUCAUUACUGUUCCAAGAACAGAGUGCAUUUUAAAUAAGUUUCGUAAAACCUAAACCAAAGUAAUCAGAGGGGCCAGUCAGAACCAAGGAUUUGUCCCAGGGGACCCAAUAGGAUCUCCUAGUUAAAACCCGCAAACCCUCUAAAGCAUGUGAAAACGCUAUUGGUCAUGGUCUACUUCGCUCUUUAAAUCUGCCUGGCUGAAGUGCUAUAAAAAUGAGCAAAACAUAUUUAACGUUUAAAUGUACUCAAAAGAAGUUUGGCAUUUUUCAUUGCACCAUAACCCUCGACGAAAUGUCAUAAAUUUUCUUUUGAGAAAAUUCUUAAAUAAGCCUUUCGUCUAACCUGAACGAUCUGACUCUUGUUCCUCUCUUUUUUUCUCCUACUACAUCUCUUCUUAUCUUGCUCUUCUAAGAUAUUUAAGCCCAGGCGCAAUGGAAUGGUACUCAUUGCACUCGACAGAUAUCGUUCUCAUCCAGGAUACAUCUCUAAUCUUCUACCUACAUCUUCUUCUUAUCAACUUUCAGUAUGUGCUCUGUAUUCUCUUUAUUAUUCUGUAAAACACUAAAUGCUGUGAUUUAAAAAUCGUCAACCUAUUCUUUGACGCACAACGCUUCCGAGCGUCUUGGGAAAAGCUCCAGGAACUUUUCAUUCAAAGUGUAAUAGCAUUGACUCAAAAAAAUUUUGUCUGGUUAUAUUAAUGGGUACGUGUUUCUGAAUGUGGGUGCCUCGUCCCUCCUCUUCUCUCUAAUACAUUUUUGGAUAACCGAUCACUGCAAUCUCAGUUGUAUUCUAUCUAAUAUCUUGGAAUUGCUCACAUGGGCUCAGAUAAACUGCUGAGAAGCCUCCUCGCUGGUAAACCUAUUGAAUGGAUUUAGCGAGUCCACAGUGGAGGUCGGCGAUGUGGCUUUUUUAAACAGUUUUUCCCUCUUUUUAUACAUUUUACCAUUACUGAGGUAAUGAAAAUUGUUUGAUAGAGCGGGUUUUUCCUUACAAAAGGAGUUCUUCGAAUUUGGUUUCCCUCUUACAACUAAAACGUCCCUUCGAUGUCAAAAUUUCACCCGAUUUCACUUGCAUUUAAGUUCAGGUGACAGUAAUAAACUUUCCUGAAAAUAUAAAACUGAAAUUUAAAGUGAAGUAUGUGGUAUUCAAGUUUGCUAUUUUCAAACUCCAGGACCCUCAGGCAGUAGCGUCAGCUCGCCCCGCCACCAUGGUGAAGGCGGCUUCCAUGGGAAGUUUACUGAAUGUAGAUCCUGACGGGCCAAUGACUGGAGAGAUGCGUCCAAGGACUGGUAGUGUCAAAUCUACCAAGUCUGACAAGUCAGAAUAUAACUCCGAUAAACAUUCCAUGAUGGAGUUUGCCAUGCAAUACUUCAGACAUGGAAGGUAAGGACUUUCACUUGGUCGUUUGAAAGACCUAUCCACGCGAAUUUGGAUUCCUCCAAAAGAGUAAAAUUUAAUGUGGUUUGAUUUUGUGUUACUUUUCAACAGAGAGGCUGUUGUGCGAGCAGAGGAUGGAACUAUCCGAGGUACAAUCAAGGUGCGAGGAACGCUGGGAAAAUCAUCCAAAGGUUAGUACGCAUGGCAGUCGGCUGCUGGUAGCACAAUGAGUAGUCGGCUGCGGUGUCAUGUCAGCGGAAGUAAGCCUUACCAGCAAAUGCUAUUGUUCUCAAUGGGGAAGAACACUGUAACGUGCAUUGCAAGUUAACUUAGAAAAAAACAUUUAUUCGGCGAUGCAUAUAAAUGCUAUUUAUCCCAUUUCUUUUUUCAAAUUUCUUUUCCAUUUAAUUGUUCAACUGUUUAAUUGUUUACUUUUCUAAUUACGUUUCCUCAUACAGCAAGUCAUAAGAAAGACAAGGAGGAGUGGUCGUGGAGUGGUCUCGCUGAACUUGUCAAAUAUAGCAGAGUAAGUUGGUUUUCAUAUCACUUCUACAAACCAGCUUAAGUAUAUUUUUAACUUGUCUAUGAUAACUGCUUGCGAUUCGUUCCAAGGCACUGUUGGCGCUGUUACCACUGGUGACUUUUGCGCCAUUAAUGACAUGUUUUCCUGCUCUAAUUGUUCAUUACAUAUUUUCCCGCCUUUGCACUGUCACUUGUUUUCCCGCGCUUUCAGUUACUUUUCCCUUUAUACUGCUGGACAGUCGUUUCGCCGGCGUAGCUAGCACUUGUAACUUUAGAGCUCUUUAUUGUUACGAGCACGUCUCCUCGUGCCUAAAGUUAGUAACAUGCUUUUUCCGCCUUUGAAAUGCUUGCAAUUUUUCAACGCGAACUGUUAUUAACGUGACGUCCAGGCUCUGUUUGCAUUCCUUGGACGUUUUUCCAUGUUCUCCCUUCCUUUCACUGCUGGUGUGUUUUCUAGUUCUUAAUCUUAGUUAAGUGUUUCCCCGCCUUCGCAUUGCUUCAAAGUUUUCUCACGCUUACCUUUUGUUCUUGUUAUCAAUCUUUUUGUUUAGGUGCCCAUCCAAGCAUCCCUUAUACGACGAGAAAACCCGCAGAUAAAUAAAUUAGCCGUGGAAACUUUCCAAAGUAAGUACCUCGCUGAAAAAAAUUUCUUUUACCUGGUCCCGUAAUUUUCACUUAAGUCGGUUUGCUUUUACAAAUCAACGAUAAAUCUUCUAGUUGUUUUACAUGUUUCUGUUAUGGUUUUCUUGCAGCGAUUAUGAAAUUCAUGGGAGAUUUACCUUUGUCCAAACAUCAAAAGGAAACCGAGCUUGUGUUUAACUUGCUUAAAGUUAGUAUAAAAGUUUCCUGCUUUUAAUCUGAGUAAAACACAAAGCUGUGUUAUCGUCAGUCUUGGCUCCCUUUUUCCCUUGAUUUAAAGAGUUUGGAGACAAAAACAUAACCUAGUUAUGGCGUAUCUCUUCGGAGACCUGGAAAAUUUCUGCGUUUGGUUCUUCAUAGGUGUCACUUGAUUAAACACAUAACGGAUUUUAUCUAAACUAGGAACGCGAAACGGGGAAUAGGAGUCUGGGGCCAAAAGUAGAGUACGGACGACUCCGUCUGGUCGUCUCGAUCUUAUUUUGGCCUCCAAAUGUAUUCAUGUGUGUUGAAGAGACAAUUAUAAAUUAUAGUUUUCCAGACUGCUUCUGUCUUCUCAAUAUUCCACAUUUAUUUCCUCUUAGACCUGUCGUGAAAUUCCUGCAUUAAGAGACGAAGUUUAUUGUCAGCUGAUCAAGCAAGUCACCAGUAACAAGAGUCUCAAAGCGUAAGUGAUCGUGGCAGUCAUUAACGUUUUUUUCGACAGGGGAGCUUUGUUCGCACGCUGUCCAUAGCUUUCGCCCUUUCGAAUCAAAACACCUUGCAUUUCGAUAUGUUUUGUCUGAGGCUCUUAUGCUAGUUCCAAAACCUGAGGUUUGCACCUUGGCAAUUUCCGGAAAAGGUGAUUUCCUUGUUGUGUUUCGAUUUGAUCACGAAAUCUCAUUCUGCUCUUUUUCUUUUGUAGGGAAAGUGCAAGUCGAGGGUGGCGGCUAAUGAUUAUUAUCACAGCUUACAUUGAGUGUUCAGAUGUUUUCAAGCCUUUCCUGGUUACGUUCUUACAGAGUACUGCUAGUGAUCCUAAGAGAGAGUUCCACGGUAUGUGUAUAUUUUUUUUCUUUUUUUUAGUUCUAAAAGCUUGUGACAUUUGAACCUAACCGAAUCACUUCACCGCGCAAGCUUCUGACGAUCUUCGACGCGUGAAACAACGAAAGAAGAAUGCCAGAGUUAAACCAUGCAUGCAUCAUAACAAUGCGUCUUUUCGCCACAAUUUUAAGUUUUCCCUUCGGGCUAGCCAGUAAUUGGAUUGUCAUGACUUUAUCAAGGAUCUUUUGAGAACCUGCAGAUUUGAUAAAGUAAAAUUAUUUUUUUGCUUUUUAAGGUGCUGCAGCUACUUGCGAGAUGAACCUGAUGAAGACGUUUAAGUAUGGUGGACGAAAGAGUCCCCCCAGCAAGGAGGAAUUGAAUCAGCUUGUGGUAAGUUUGAUUAUUAUUUUAAUAAUACUUUACUUUAAUACUUUAUUAAGUAUUUAUUAUUAUUUUUUAGAAACAAUGCAUUGAUGUAUUUUCUUUCUUGCUAAGGAAUAAACCUUUUCCAUUAUACUACCGUUUGAUAAUGUCAAAAUUAUAUGACUUCGACAUUUUAUUAUUUUCAUUAUGUUUUGUUGUUUAACUCGUAGCAAGGGCGGCAAACCAAGCGUCAGGUUUUCAUUAUUCCUGGAGGAACGCGAAUGCUGAAAGUCCAAACCAGUUCAGUAAGUAGUUAUCUCAUCUAUUUCUGAGACGAGCUUUUUAUUUGAUUCCUCUGUAACCUGAUUUGUCUGUCUUCACUUAGACUGGUUUUGACGUCAUCAAGGAGAUGUGCGUUGACAUGGAUUUAACAUCAGAGGUCCACUACAAGGAGUAUGGACUGUUCAGCUACAUAGAAGGACGUAAGGGCCUUUAUUGCUUCUGAGAGUGUUUUAAAAUGAACCAAAACUGCCUUGCACUGAAUGCAGCGCAAAUGAGUGCCAGAGCACUGGAUUGAAAUCUGGUUUUCUUAGGUUCAAAUCCUUCACUCUUUCACUCAGUUGAAAUUGUUUCUCGAGAGACGCGAGUUCAACUAAUCUUGAUUUUAUUGCUUAACUAAUACAGUGUGAUUGCAUAAAAAUAAUCGCCCUAAAACUAUUAAGUAAUUCGCAAGUAUUGUUAUACACGUUUCCCGAAAUUAGGCCAAGUUUAGUUUUCUUUCUCUUGUUUGUGAUUAUUCAAGAAACUAGUGCCGCUCUCUUAAUCAGAGAUAAAAAAAAAAACAGUACCACUUGUGAUUUCCCAAGUCUCAGGCUCUUUAUAUGUGUUUCCUCUGAGUUCCUUUUCGCUUGUCAAGAAUUUUCAUCUUUUCAUACGAGCUGUUUUUGAUUACCUUUUUUCCGGGUUGAUGACACACACACAGAGUCUUAAAGCGCUCCAUUUUCAUACUCCCUUUUGUUUUCCCAGCAGAGAACUUGAUGCUGCCGGUCCAAACUACAGAUUACAUAAUGGAUGUAGUCAGUUCCAUGGAGAGACAAGGGAUCGCUUACAGUCUGUGCUUCCGCCGUGUUUUAUGGCUACAAGGCCUGAGACUGGAUAAUGAGCUGCUGGUUAGCAUCAUCUACCAUCAGGUACAACCAGUCAUACAGGUUUCAAAACCUUUACAGUUGCUGAGGUUACCUAGAAUGUUUUUGUCCCGUGCUUGUGGCAAGACGAAAAGACAUAUUUUUCGUGUUUAAGUUUUGACUGUCUGGUCUCUUUGCAGGUAUUGCCAGACUACAUGGCGGGUUAUCUGAUAGGGACACACAGUCGAUCCUUUGGCGAUGCACAGGUAACGUUUCAGAAUUCUAUGUCUUUAUAUCACCUCCCUUGUUCUGAACUGUUUCUUGUCUUUUUUAUCAGCAGAUAUCUUAAUUAAAUAUUAAGCUUACCGCUUUUGCCUUCCAGUCACAAUUCGACUUUAGAUUCAUGGCAGGCAGGCAGGCAGACGGGCACGCAGGCAGUUUUGCUGAUGUUCUCUUCGAUAGCAUGUACCGUCCUUAUCCUGAUAAUUAACCGUUUGCAUUUGUCUUCAGUUCCAGAAUCUUAUUGCUGAACUUGGAGCGCUUCAGUAUCGAGCCCGUGAUAAAUCAAUCCUUCAUUCGAACCAGUAAGACCUUAUUGACUUUGCACUGCAUUCUGUAAGAGUUAACACUUUGGUCCAAAGCAACCCUCAGUUUACUGAACCUGUAAUCUGUAACUUGUUUGUUUUUAUUCAGUUCAGAAGUACAGACUCUUAUACCAAGGGGAAUGUUAGAGAGACUACGGCCUCAACAGUGGAUAAUUCUUAUACAAGAUCACUUCAGGAGCUGUCACAAAAUGACCCCUUAUCAAGCUCGCCGGAAAUUCCUUGGUACGUACUUGGACAGAAUUGUUGGAAAUCAUUUUGUGAUAGAACAGUUUUCAACAACGCGUUGAAGCGGUUAAUGAAAAGAAAGGCUAAUAUCAUCGUUAUCCAACGAGAGCCAAGUGAAAACCUGCAAACCUCUUAAAGCCCGAGAAAAAGCGAGUGAUCGACACGCGAUUGGUAUUAGUUUUUACAUGUAAUUGGUUAAGAGAGUGGCAUAAGCUUUUUUACCAAUCACAGAGUUAAGUUUAUCAAAACCAAAGCAAUCCCGGAUGACGUGCGACUCUCAAUGUGUUUGAACAACUGGUUAUGCUGAGGUCCAGAAACAGUACGGAACGACAACCAAAACAAUGAAUUAUGAUUUGAACAAGACUCGAGCAUAUUUUGAAGCUUGCAUACCCCAUCCAUUGUGACUGAAAUUAUGCAUGAUAGAGUCAUAUCUUGAAGUACACUAUUGUUUUCGGGCUGCCUUAUUCUGUAUGUGAAUGCUUGUUUUCACUAUUUUUCUCGCUGUCACCUAAGCUUACAAGAACACAUUAGUUCGAUGAUGAGAAAAGCAUGACAUUUUCCUUGCAGAAACUGUCACUAGGUGGCCAUAUUUUGGAUCAACUUUCUUUGAAGUUAAGGUAAGUCUCAAAUGGUACAGUGCAGGUUGAUUUGAAUGUGUAGGAGCUACCCUUAGUGUGUAGGGGUAAUCUCAAGUUCAGUUCCUCUGGCCGUUGAAAUAAGGAAUGUUCCACAUAAGCUUGAAGCGUUCAUUGAUCAAUCGUAAGUGUCGCUUUGUACAAGUUCGAUUAUAGUUCCUCGAAGACACGUUUUGUUUAUUUAUUUAUUUAUACGACACCUCUGUUUUAUUUCAUUAAGAGAGAUCGCUUACCGAGAUUUCUGUGUUUUUUUCUGGUCGUUUGUGUUUGUUUUCCUUGUAUCAUUUUUGAGUGCAAUUCUAUCUUUCACUGAUUUUUACUGUUGUUUCAAUGUUGGUUUUUAGAAAUGCAGCAACCCAGCUGUUUCCGGUGAUUGUAUCGUGGCAGUCAAUAGAACCGGAGUUCAUUUCUUGAGUCAAAAUACGAUGGUAAGUGAGAAACUUGUAGUAAUUUAAAUUAGAGAUAUUUUUUUAAAUACGACAUUUAUUCAGUAUCACCAUCCACUUUAAGAAGCAACAAAACCGCAAAGGCACAGGAGUAGUGAGUGAUGGAGAAGAUUGUUGCGGAUUGUAAGUGACAAAAACGACCACAAAAUAUUGGUGCAGUUAGAAAGAAAACAUCACUAACACGAGACGAACAAACGUAAAAGGAGCGUAAAGACAAUUAAUAAAGAUUAUUUAGGAUCGACCUGAAAAGCGUGGGCUGUAUUUUCCAUGGUACCCCAACCUAGGCAUCACUCCCUUGAGUAUGUUUAAAAUGUAACUCUCAUCUUAACGAGUUAUCCAGAAUCUUCCUGGCAGUUUCAAGCUAGUGUCUUUGUUUCACAGCCACCUCGUUCGCCUACUUCUAUUAUCAACUUCAUAUACCUGAUUUCUUCCUGAUUUAUUUCAGCAAACGAUGCUGAGCGAGCCAUUUGUUAGUAUUAUCUCCACGCGGCUUUUAAUCUCGGACAAAAAGAGACAGUUCUUGGAUCUUAAAAUUGGAAAUACUAUGAUGCAGAAAGUCACCCGCAUGGAAACAACUCAGGUAAUUAGACGACCAAAGCUUGCUUGUCAUCAAUAAGGUGUUGAGUUCGUGGGUUUGUUAGCAUCCGGCGUAGCCAAUCAGUGACGUUAGUUUAUUGUAUCGCAUCGCACCCAUCGCAAGUUGAAGUAUGAACAAUACUGCAUGCAGCUGCUCAAAACAAUAGUCAGAAGGGUCAAUCAUUCAUUGAGUUGUGCUCUCGGCUUUUGCGUGAUCGAGGGUCAAAGUUGCUAGUAUUCGGAUAGCUAGGUACCAAAAUUUGGAGAAAGUGUCUGGAUUCCCUCUUAGACCUUCAGAGAUAGCAUCUGAAGAAAUAGGUAUAAAAAAUGAAAUUGUGUUUUUAUAUAACAUUAUUACCUUUAACUUGGUCGCUAUUUGAAUAACAGAAGUUAUAACUAAUUUACCUUACUACUUUCUAGGCUAAAGAAAUUUCCAAUCUUAUCUACAAGUACGUGGCCCUACAUUCCUCGGUGAAACAAGAAGGCCAAGGUCAAGGCCAAUGAUUAUAUGGAAUGAUGAAAUCUUAACUUGAAUACCACAAGUUACUGAUGAAGUUAAAUGGUUACCUCUUAAGAUCCUUAGACAUUCAUCGCUUAGAGGUGAUCAAGGAGAAACUCUUCUCCCCUCAUGAAUAUUCCUACGUUCCCAUUUACGUUUUUUAGAUCACCCCAGAACGAUCUAGAAAUAUCAGAUCCUGUGACGGACUUUUUUAGGGGAGCAUAGCAUGGCGUGACUAUUCUCUCUCUGUCAGAGCAUAUACAGAGAAACGCAUCCCAUGCGCUAAAUCAUUUCUCUCCCGGAGAGACUAAUUCAACAGUAACAAUAGCUGGAGAGAUGUGAAUUUUGGAAUAAGCCCAGUAGGCAGGCUCCAUUUCUUUGCUUGAUCCUCUCUGUUCAAGGCUGAAACUUUGCAUUGCAAAUUAUUUACAAGAUGAAUUUAUGUACUACAGCAGUUUACAUAUACCUACCAUUCGUGUAAUUUUUUAAGGAAAAAAAUUGACCAAUAAGAAUUGUUCUGACGUGGACAAAAUUACAGAAUUUUUGUACCAUUAAAAUGUUGAAUAAAUUUAAUUAGGUGAAAUUAAGAAACAAACUCCCUGAUAUAUCUUUCUGUGAAGUUAAAUGUGUAUAUAUGUUCUCAGUAUAGUGCCUAUAAGUGUAUGGGCAGCUGAAACAUGAAGAUGUAUCAAUAACAAGAAUAAUUUUUUUUACGAGAUGAAUUGGAUUCGCACAAUGUAUUUCCAAUGAUGUUUUUGAUGAAGUGCGUUUGUAAUGGUUUAAUGUGAAUAAGUUUGUCAACGAGGGUGAAAUUUUAGCUCUUCUUUUGCAUUUUACUGGGUAACAUUUUUGUAAUGUUAAGUUUGUUAUUUUUUUCUAUUUGACGUUUAUUCUGUUUUCAUUUAUCGAUGAUGGACUAGGACUUUGAAUGUGGCCUAGUUAACUAAACGUAGCAGAGUGAGGAAUGUAUUGUAUAGAUUAGAGGCUGUCUUCUCUAUUUUUCAAAUUGAGAAUCUGUCCAGUAGUGUGACGUCGUUCAUUAGUAAUAACAUUAAACUUUGUAUCGUAGGCUCUAAUGUUCAGAACCAUAGACUAGUGCUAGCUUGGGCGAGGUUGCGAAGUUCACGAGCAAACUAAGUCACCAAGUUUUUCGGGAAAACGAGGCUGCUAUAUUUACACAAGGAACAGUCAUAUAUUGUAUCGAAUAUUUUUUUACAUUAAUUUGCGAGAUAUUCAGACUGUCUCCUAAAACUAAAAUAAAAAAAUAAUAUUCAUCUCACAAACCUUAUAGUUUGUUGACAAAUCAAUAUGUAUAUUAAUGGUACUUUGCAAAACAGUUCUUCAACUUCUCACGAGUACCACUAUAUAAAUCUUAACCUUAUCAAUAUAAAUGCAACUCAAAAAUGUAGUUGUGAAAUUACCUCGAGUACAGUUGCCCCAAGGGUGAAAUUGUGUUAUUCAGCGAUUUGUAGUGAGUUUUUGGGUGAGACGUAAAUUAUUGUAUUCAUCUACUCAUUUUGAAAUAAUGUAGCAAUUUGUGUUGAAAUACUUUUCUAUAUAUGGUCAGCAAUGGUCAAUUAAUGUAAUGAGCAGUAAUUUAUAAUUUACUGUAGGUUAGAUUGGUAUUAUUAAAAUGUAAUUCAGGCAAAUGUUAGAUAAGAAAACAAACCUACAGUGGAAAUUUUUUGUGUCAGGUGUAGUUUAUUUUUAUAAUCACCUCAAUAAUUUUGUUUACAGUUUGAAUUGCACGACUUCGCCGACAAUCGCACGUUUCUCUUCAAAUGUUUUACAGGAAUCAUAUAGUUCGUACGUAACAGCGCAU